AUGUGCAUGGGAGCUACUUGCGGAACUUGCUCAAAGAAGACCUGGCGCGGAUGCGGCAGUCACAUCUCGUCCGCCAUGGCUGGGGUUCCCGAGUCGGAGUGGUGCACAUGUGAGCCCAAGGUCGAGUUCGAAGGCACCAUGUACCCGCCCGCCGCCAAGAUGUCGAUUCCUGGAGCGAGCUGGUUUUGA